UGGGGCCGUCCUUGACUCCACCCCUACUCUUCAUUCACUCAGCGCCAUCCCGGAAAAGGAGCUUGUAGGAACUGUUGUUUCUUUUGUCGUUUCGGCCGGGACUUGUUUGAGUUGCACUUUUUAUUGUAUAAUUCAAAGAAUUAAAUAUAUUCGUAUAAUAUUUAGCGAAUACGAAGUUUUUUUACAACUUAUUAUUUUAAAAUUCUACAUGGCAGGGAAUUUCUGGCAGAGUUCGCACUAUUUACAAUGGAUACUUGACAAACAAGCCUUGUUAAAAGAACGCCAGAAAGACUUAAAAUUUCUUACAGAAGACGAGUAUUGGAAACUACAGAUAUUUUUUGCUAACGUUAUUCAGGCUUUAGGGGAACAUCUCAAAUUGAGACAGCAAGUUAUUGCAACAGCAACUGUGUACUUUAAGAGGUUUUAUGCAAGAUACUCGCUUAAAAGUAUAGAUCCUGUUCUCAUGGCACCUACCUGUGUAUUUUUGGCAUCCAAAGUAGAGGAAUUUGGUGUUGUGUCAAACACUCGAUUAAUUUCUGCUGCUUCUUCAGUAUUGAAAACUAGGUUUUCAUAUGCCUUUCCAAAGGAGUUUCCGUAUAGGAUGAAUCAUAUACUUGAAUGUGAAUUUUAUCUUUUAGAAUUAAUGGACUGCUGUCUAAUAGUGUAUCAUCCGUAUAGACCUUUACUUCAGUAUGUGCAAGAUAUGGGGCAGGAGGACAUGUUGCUUCCACUUGCAUGGAGAAUUGUGAAUGACACAUACAGGACAGAUCUCUGCCUUUUGUACCCUCCGUUCAUGAUAGCACUAGCUUGUCUACACGUGGCAUGUGUUGUACAGCAAAAGGAUGCAAGGCAAUGGUUUGCUGAGCUUUCUGUGGACAUGGAAAAGAUCUUAGAAAUAAUCAGAGUCAUUCUGAAGUUGUAUGAGCAAUGGAAAAAUUUUGAUGAAAGAAAAGAAAUGAAUCCUAUUCUGACCAAGAUGCCUAAACCAAAACCACCUCCAAACAGUGAAGGUGAGCAAGGUCCAAAUGGAAGUCAGAAUUCUUCCUAUGGUCAGUCAUGAGACCACUACAAGACGAGUUAUUUGGAUAGAUUCUGAUGGUACCGUGGCUAUUUAUCCCACAAAUAAGUGGAAUGAAGCAAAUAUGUAAAAGAACACGGAUGAAAACAGUGAUAAACCUUUUCCUGGAUGAUACUUUUUGUUGUUGUUGUUGUUACAUUAAAACUGAAAAAUGAAAUAUGAACAUUUUAACCUUAAGUGAAAAUUUUCUUUGGAGAAUCCAUGGAGAAAGUGGAAGUACAUUCUUCGUAAAGAAGCAACACAGUUUUACAUUCUCAUGAUACUUUUCAUAGAAGAGUUUUGAAUGUUCUCUGAAAAAGUGUGAAUAGUUAAAAUCCACUUAUAAACAUCUUUAAUGUAACAGCGUCUGCAAAUAAUGAAAUUGUUAGUAAGCCUUAGCUAGUAGUGAUGGUUUGAAGGAGCUACUUGUAAGAUGCACAAGAUAUACAAAAUCACAUUUAUGAGCACAGGGCUCUGAGGCCAUCAUUGCUUUAAAAUAUACAAAAUGAUUGCAUUAGUGAACAGUGUGUAUGUUGUUUGUUGGAGGAUGAUGUUGCUUGGAACUCUGAACCUGGUUUUGUCAGAGUUAUUUUUUGCUGUGUCAUAGAGACAGCAGUUAGUGCAAAAUGGUGCUAAACCUGAUGACUUGAAUAAACUAUUCCAAGAAAUAAACUGCAUCUAUCAUGCUAUCCUAUUGUUAAUUGCUGCUGAGUACAGAAAAAAAAAGGGGAGGGCUUUACAGUGAUGGCUACUGUUGCACUGAACUCUUUUCAUUCAGUGAAGAUUGGAUUCUGAAACCACAUCGUAUUUCAGAUCAGAAUUUAAAUCUCAUUUCAGUGCAGUGAUAAAUAUUUAUCAAUUAAUGGAUUCUGUCUUUUAGAAGUGGCUGUGCAAGACUAAGGAAAACGUUGAAAGCAGGAUAGGUGACAUAACAUGGCUCUCUAGCCUAAAUGUUAAACUCCUGUGAAGGACAGCACAGUGGUGGAAUUUGUGGCAGUGUUUUAGUCUUGCUACUUAUUUGGUGGAUGUCUGUUAAAUAGUUGUAUGCCUGGCAUGUUUUAAUGAGUAUGGGAUACAAAAUUAGGAUCUACAAGAGAAUUUGAAGAAAAUCAUCAGAAGCAUGAUUACAGUAAGUUUUCUGAAAGGAGCCUAAAGUUUCCCUUAUUGUACAGUACUGUAAUAUUUUUGUCUCUUGACUUCUUGGUUGCAGAUAGUCUUGCAGUUGAGAUGGACCACAGUAACUAUAGAAACAGGCUUUAGCCAUGUUAAUGUGCCAGCCCAUGUCCUCUGAAGAGUGUAUAAAUUCUGAAGGUGUUAACUUUGUGCACAUACUUAAUAGACAUGCAAAUACACCCCAAAAUGAUCCUGUUCUGCACAGCUAGAAAGCAGUAGAAUGUGUAAACCGCACAAUGGGUAAAAAUUAGCACAGUUUGCUUGAAAAUCCAUGCAGAUUUUCUUUUUUUUUUAAUUUGACUUUGUUUAUUGUGAAUGACAACUUCAUGUUGCUCAUUAUCCACUGCUUCACAGUUCUUGUGAUUAUAAUUGUUAAUGGUUAUUUUGGUUGGUGUUUUGCUGUCCUUUUCUUAUUCUUCCACUAAUUAAACAGUACGUCUUUGUUUCUUGUAUAUCUUUCCUUUUUGAAAUUUUGUUUCUUUCAACCAUCUUAACCAAAAUGAGACAUUACUCUGAUAAAAGUCCCAAGCCAAAAACUGUGUAACAUUUUAGUUUUUUUCUUUGAGCAACUUAUGUUUAAAUAAAUUCAGAGGCUAAUAAAAAGCCCAUUGAAAAUAAAA